CAGUAAAAAAGCAAAUGAACAAAAGAUGCCUCAAUUAUUGAGGCCAUUGCCAUAAGGGAGGAUAUGCAUUUCUGUUUAGAAUCUCAAAUUUUUUGUGGGUGUAACUGUUGAAAGUGAUAAUAUAGGAUUUGUUUCAUUGCACAAUGUCCAGAUUUCCCGCCUUAAAGGUAUGCUUUUGGAUGACAUAGGAGAAAUGGGUUCCAUGUUUGGUCAAUGGUCAACUACAGUCUACACAAACUCCAACAUUAUCAAUCACUGCGGCUCAUAAAGUUGGUUCCCUAUGGAUAUGGAUAAUGGUAAAAGCUUCGUCCAUGAAUUGCAAAUUGAGACAUUCCUUCAUGGAUUUCGCUUUUCUUUUACAAUAUAGAUAGACUUUAUUAUUAUCAUUAUUAUUACUAUUAUUAAAGUAGAUUAAUAAACCUUAAAUUUAAAAUUAUAGAAAUCCAUUAAAAAAUGUUAACUUAUAAUUUACAAACUUAUAUUACUUCUCUGAAUCUUUUUAAGGUGAUCUCUUGCAGCAAAACAGAAGCAUUUUGUGUUCAAUAUAUGAAAAAUGACAUUUUAUUUAUUCCUAAAUUUUAAAAAUGUUACUUUCAAUUCUCUUUAUUUUUUAUUGGGAAGUUUAUAAAAAAGAGAGAAAAAAAAGUAUUAUAUAAUAACCGAAAGCUUUCUUUUGUGUCUGCCAUUGGUCUCAAAUUCUGAGAAAGCUCCCUUUCCAUGAUCUCUGAGAAAAAAUUGAAUUCAAAGUUGUGAUAUUUGGGCAAAUGGGUAUCUAUCAACGUCGGUGGCGGUGGUGGAACGUCGUCGUUCUGAUCGGAAUGGUUGGCGUUGCUAUGCCCGUUACCGGUUCCGACAGUGAGGAGAAGCAGGAACGGGUGGUGUCUCGAAUUGCCUUCGGAUCAUGCUCCAACCAAAGCGCUCCUCAGCACAUUUGGGAUGCAGUGGUAGACUUCCAUCCCCAAAUUUUUAUAUGGCUUGGUGAUAACAUUUAUGGAGACACCAAACGACCUUUUAAAUUAUUUGGACGAGAAAGGACUAUUGGUCCAUGGAAGAAUGUUCCACGAUUUGUACCGUCCUCUGAGCCGGAAAUGAUGGCCAGAUACAGAAAGGCUAAUUCUAACCCUGGCUAUGCUCGACUUAAAGAGAAUGCUGAGGUUAUUGGUACAUGGGAUGAUCACGAUUAUGGAUUAAAUAAUGCAGGAAAAGAAUUUCAUGGAAAAAUCAUCAACCAAAAGUUACUUCUUGAUUUCUUGGAUGAACCUCAAGACAGCCUCCGGAGGAAACAGGCUGGUGUAUAUGCCUCAUAUACUUAUGGUCCUGUGGGCAGAGAUGUCAAGAUUGUCCUCCUAGAUACCAGAUACCACAGAGACCCUAUAGGAAGUGAUGGAACCAUUUUAGGUGAUUCACAAUGGUUAUGGUUGGAGAGAGAGCUAAAGGGUCCACCAACAGCCAUUACAAUUAUUGGGUCUUCUAUUCAGGUUAUAUCAAAUCUUUCAGCAACCAUUCAUCCAUUGUUCUCAAUGGAAUCAUGGGGUCAUUUUCCAAAGGAAAGAGAUCGCCUUUUCAAAUUAAUAGCUUAUAGUAAGAGGGGUGGAGUAUUUUUUAUAAGUGGAGAUGUUCACUUUGGGGAAAUCACAAGAUAUGACUGUGCUUUGGACUACCCACUAUAUGAUGUAACCUCAAGUGGGGUUACUCAAUCAAUUGAGGAGGUAGUCCCACCUUUCUUGCGUUUUCUAGUGAGAUUUGUGGCAUGGUUGACCCCAUCUACAAUGAGAGUUAAGGGCCAAAGUUGCCGAUACCGUUCUUGUAUAUAUGGCCAGCCAAACUUUGGAACUAUUGAAAUAGAUUGGGACUCUCACCCGGUGACUUUGAAAUUCAAAGUUAGAGACAAGAAUGGUGUUGCUGUUACAGAGGUCAAUGUUUCAUUAAUGGAAUUACAACCACUGAAUUCAGAUUCAGAGACUGGGGACAGAGUAAAAGCAGGACAUAAUAAGAGGCAUUGCACUCUUGAAGUUAGUUUGCCAUGGAUUGUAAGAUAUCGCCUGGCAAUCUUAUUUUGUUUUGCCUUAGUUGUGUUGCUUCUUGCAUUCCUAGGGCUUGCUUACAUUUCUUUCAGAGUUUUCCGACUAGGAAGCUGCAAAAGAAAGUACGAUUGACACACAUAGAUACAUACACAGUCAGCUAAAGGGAGCUCUCUUCUCCUUUGUAGAUUUAACAUGAGUGAUUAUAGGUCAAUAAAAUGUAUAGAGUAUUCUUCUACUGUUUUCACUAAUCAAUCCUUUAUCAAUAAGUACAGUUAGAAGUUGGGCUUUGAUUUCCAUUUGUAAGUUUAUUAGCAGUUGAACCAUUUGAUAUGAUGCAUAGAAUGUCAUUGGGAUGGAAUCCUUUAACUUUUGGUGCUGCUUCAUUUGAUUAAUUUGUUAUUUCACAAAUUUGUGUUCCAUGAUUUUGGAUAUAAUACACAUUUGGUCCUUAUAUAUAUUUGAUACUCAUU